AUGCCCCCAAAUCAGUCGACCCCGAUCCCCUCUGAUAUCACGCAAUGGAAAAAAGCAGCCAAGAGAGCAGAGGCCACAUUGAGGACGAGCAUCCACACCAGAGACCCGUUCAAAUCAGGCUCUAAGAUAUUCGAAGAUGAGGAGAGGGCCUAUGACAAGAAUGAGGAGCUUGUGAAUGCUUCACUUGUCAUUUUCUUACAAGCAGUCUGCGCGAAGCACUCUGAUGUAGAUAGUGACUGGAAUCAGCGUGAUCUGGAUCAUUGA